AAGACCAGGUACCCUACAAGAAACCAAACAAGCUCCACUUUAAACCCUAAAACUCUCUCCGUCUGUGCUACGUUCAUGGCGAAGAAAUCAAACCCUACGAUCGGUAACAGUAACAGAAGCAAUAUGAAGACGAAGGACAAGAAGAAGAAGACUAGGAAGAAUAAAUCAGGUCCAGACGCCAUUGCCAUGAAGCACAAAGCCCCAAAGCCAAACCCUUUCGAGAGCAUUUGGUCUCGCCGCAAAUUCGACAUACUGGGCAAGAAACGCAGUGGGGAACAACUCCGCAUUGGCCUUGCUCGUUCUCUCGCUAUUCAAAAGAGGAAGAAGACACUAUUGAAGGAGUACGAGCAGAGUGGGAAGUCCUCGGUAUUUGUGGAUAAGCGUUUAGCGGAGCAAAUUGACGAGCUUGCUGAGUCUGACAAGGCCAUUUUGAGGGCACAGCAUCAGCAAAUGCGCCAGUUGAAAAACAAGAACAGCAAAUUUAAUUUACCGGUUGGGGAAGAAGAUGAAUAUGAUAGGCAACACAUCCCAUCUCUUGCGGAAAUAGAUGAUUUUGAGGAUGAAGUAGCACCCGAGGAUGAAGACUAUGCAGAAGCCGCUGAUCCUGAAAAUAGGUCUCCAAUUUUCAAGCAACUUAAUGCUAAUGAUGCUAAGACUGCAUUUCAGUUGGGCUUCAUUGAAGGAGAGGAGAAUAGGCAGAAGACUAAGAAGGAAGUGAUGGAGGAGAUCAUCUCAAAGAGUAAAUUUUUCAAGGCUCAAAAAGCUAAGGAUAAGGAAGAAAAUGAACAGCUGAUUGACCAAUUGGAUGAGAACUUCACAUCCUUGGUGCAGUCGGAAGCCUUGUUAUCUUUGACUCAGCCAAACAAGAUGAAUGCUUUGAAGGCUCUUGUGAACAAGAGCUUUUCAAAUGACAAUGCCAAGAAAGAUGUGGCAUUGACUUCUCAGAACUAUGAUACUCUUCAGCAGGAUAAACCUGAUUCUUAUGACAAACUUGUCCAAGAGAUGGCAUUGGAUAUGCGUGCUCGCCCAUCAGACAGGACAAAGACACCUGAGGAAAUUGCCGAAGAGGAAAAGGAGCGACUAGAAAGAUUAGAGGAAGAGAGGCAGAAGAGGAUGCUUGCCGCUGAUGACUCCAGUGAUGAAGACAAAAAUGCCUUGGAAGAUAUUGAAAAUGCUGGGCAGCUAAGAUCAAUUUCUGGGGAUGAUCUUGGUGAUUCUUUUUCUCAUGAUGAAGAGAAAAGGACUAAGGGGGGUUGGAUUGAUGAGAUUCUGCUAAGGGAUAAUGUGAAUGCUGGUGGAAGUGAAGAGGGUACAUCUUCUGAGGAUUCGGAAAGCUCUGAAAAUGAUGGUGAUGGAGAAGGAAGUGAUGAAGAUGAUGGUGAAUAUGAAAAGACUCAAACCUUGAAGGACUGGGAACAGAGUGAUGAUCUUGAUUCAAAUUUGGAAGAAGGAAAAGACAGAGAAGAUGAUUACGAUGAAAGUGAUGAAGAGAUGGAGCCAAAAGGCUACAAGGUGUUGGAAAUUAAGGAAAAACAAACAAGCCUUUUACAUGCCACACAAACAAAAACCAAUAACAAACUACCUUCAGCUCAAGUAGAGGAGCUUCCCUUUGUAAUUGCAGCCCCACAAAGCUUGGAAGAAUUAUCUUCAUUACUAGAGAACCGUUCGGAUUGCCAAAUUGUUGAAGCAAUCAGGCGAAUACGUGCAUGCAAUGCAAUCAGCAUAGCAGCAGAAAAUCGGAAGAAACUGCAAGUGUUUUAUGGUGUGCUACUGCAGUACUUUGCUGUUUCAGCAAAUAAAAGACCAUUGAAUUUCAAGCUGUUAAAUUUGCUUGUCAAGCCACUGAUGGAGAUGAGCGGGGAAAUUCCAUACUUUGCUGCCAUUUGUGCUCGUGAACGGCUGCUUCAGACUCGAAGACAAUUUUGUGAGGAUAUUAAGAAUACAGAGAAAAGCUGUUGGCCAUCUCUGAAGACAUUGUUGCUCUUGAGAUUGUGGUCCAUGAUAUUUCCGUGCUCUGAUUUCCGACACGUUGUCAUGACGCCUGCAAUAUUGCUAAUGUGCGAAUAUCUGAUGCGUUGUCCCAUUAAGUCUGCACGAGAUGUUGCAAUUGGUUCCUUCUUGUGCUCUAUGGUCCUUUCUAUCAGUAAACAAUCUCAGAAGUUCUGUCCUGAGGCUAUUAUGUUCCUCCAGACUUUACUGAUGGCAGCAAUGGACAGAAACCCUGGGCAAUUGCAGGAUUCUCAGAUAAGUCAUGUUGUUGAACUUAAAGCACUCAGGCCUCUGCUUCGUAUCUGUUGCCAUGUAAAAGAGAUUAAUCCACUGGAUUUCCUCAAGUUAAUGGAUAUGCCUGAGGAUUCCAGUUUUUUCAGCUCAGACAGUUUUCGGGUCAGCAUGCUUGCAUGUGUGAUUGAAUCUCUACGAGGAUUUAUUAAUGUUUAUGAAGGAUUUAUCUCCUUCCCGGAAAUUUUUUUACCAAUUUCCAAGUUGUUAAUUGAGUUGGCGGGGCAAGAAUACAUUCCCAAUGCUUUACAAGAUAAAGUUAAAGAUGUUUCCGAGCUUAUAGAUAAGAAAGCUCGUGAACAUCACAUGCUGCGCCGGCCCCUUCAGAUGAGAAAGCAAAAACCAGUGCCUAUUAAGUUACUCCAUCCGAAGAUUGAAGAGAACUUUGUUAAAGGUAGAGAUUAUGAUCCUGACCGUGAAAGGGCUGAGAGGAGAAAGCUGAAGAAGCUUAUAAAACAGGAAGCUAAAGGAGCGGCACGCGAACUGCGAAAAGAUAAUUAUUUCCUAUUUGAGGUGAAGGAAAAAGAUAAGGCACGACUAGAGGAGGAAAGAGCUGAGAAGUAUGGGAAAGCAAAGGCUUUCCUCCAAGAACAAGAACAUGCAUUUAGGUCUGGGCAACUGGGAAAGGGUAGGAAGAGGAGGAGAUGAAGAUGAUGGCUUUUUCUGUUGCAUUACUGGGUACUUUUCUUCCUCAAAGUGUUCAUGCUACAAUAGGAUUUGCGACUGGAUCUUAUGGUGCAAAUACCGAAGCAGACAAAAAACAUGCCAGUGCAGUGCUUUUUGUGCAGCAUGGGAAAACAACCAGGUUUCCCCUCCGAUGGAGAGACCUUGUAUUAUGUAAAGAGUUCAAGUGGUGGUGGUUGAAGUUUUAUGAAAUAGUCGUUGAUAUUUAUUAGGCAUCGUCUUGUGACGUGACAAAUUAAAAAUUUUGUUCUAUGAGCUUUUGUAUUUUUACACACAAACUCGGUGCAACUCAAAAUGGUUCGAGGGAAUUAGGGGUUUUGUGUUUUCUUCU